UCCUUCAACACAUUCGUUCACUCUGGUGGAGUAAAGUGACAUUGAAAGGGUGCCUCAACGUGGCAUCCUAGAGAAAGACCCCUCUAUUUCCCAACAGCCGUCACCACACUGUACCGUCCUGGCACACGUAGUACCCUCCGAAACGUCCCUACCUCGACUAAUAAAUGACCAGCAUAGGCGCCAGAGAAAUAAAACAAGCGAAAGACACGGAUCAUUAUCCGAACGUGGAGAGAAAAACAACGAAUACUUUUCGGAAUCAUAUGAAGGAAAAGCGCACGAAUCGUCGUCGCAGUUGCCUUCUCAAUGCAUACCCUUUGUGCUCGGGGAACGAUGAAACCAGAGAUUAGCGCCGCGGUCGGGUUUCUGUCGAGAUUUCUGCGGAUAAAAGGACACGUAAAUGACAGACAGCUUCAAUCAUUCAGCGCAAGUUUACAGGAUAUUUUGUCAGAGCAAUACAAGCACCACUGGUUCCCCGACAGGCCAUGCAAGGGCUCGGGCUACCGCUGCAUCCGCAUCAACCACAAGAUGGAUCCCCUGGUGGGGCAGGCAGGCCAGCGCAUCGGCCUGACCAUCAAUCAGCUAUACCUGCUGCUGCCUAGUGAGCUCACCCUCUGGGUGGACCCCUUCGAGGUGUCCUACCGCAUCGGCGAGGACGGCUCCAUCUGCGUGCUCUACGAGUCCCAGCCAGUGGCCCCGGCGCCGUCGGGAGGCAGUGCGGUCACCUCGACCCCCAUGGUGGACAGUCACAUCAGCUGCAAGGAGGCGGCGGGGAUGCUGGGUAGGACCAGCCCUUCCAAAGCCUACAACAUGAUGACUAUGUCCAGCUAAGGGCUGCCACCCGCCACGUCGGGUCAUGGGUUUCGCCCUAGUUGGUCGAUGGCGAACCUUUUUAAAGCUAAAAAGAAAUGAAAUGAAAAAGAGAAAAAAAGGAGGAGAAAAGGCAGAGGAUGUGGCCUAUCGUCCAGGUGAAACCUUGUAGGUUUGAUAUUUCUUUCUCCUUCCUCGCUCCAUAGUCUGUUAUGUUGUGUUGUGGGAUCUACCGGAGGCUUCGUUUUUCCCCCCGCGGAGAGGACUGUGUGGAGCGUGGAGCUGUUGGGGGCAGCUAAAACAAACCAAGAAACCGAACAGAGAAACAGCGCAGAGAAGGGGCUGCUUUUUGUUUUGGUUUUUUUACACCGGUCUAUCAUUGUUGACUUUGCACUUUCUUCUCCACGUGGUUACAGUGGGUACCAUGUCACCACCACCCCCACCACCCUCUCAAAAGCUUCAAGGAACUGCUGUCAAGAACCAUACCGUUGAAUUUCAGCCUUUUAUCUACUUCCUGUUGUUAUUGGGUGUACUUCCUGUCUAGGAAGGAAGUUAAGGGGCUGAGGUCCGGACUGUGCCUGUUUCUAGGGCAGUCUCUGGGGAAACGCUCUAAGUCAUUUUCUUCUAAAACCCAGUUUUUGGACCACAGGGUAUUUCUUUACCCCCAGAGGCUGCCCCAUAUGCCAUCGUCAAGCUUCAGGAAGCCCCUCCACCUCCAUAUGGAAGUGCAGUGGAAUGCGCUGUGACACCUGUUGCUAAGGACAGUAAUGUGUCACAGCGCACCCCACCAACACCCCCAACCAUGUAUGUGUAGCUUUCUGGGGAGGGCUGGGUAUUUGUCCCCUCCCCUUCGAUCAAUGUUGGUUUGAAAUUCACAAUCAAGUUCUCGUUUUGUUUAUAUCCCUCCAUCCCCACCCUGACCUUUGGCCCUCUCCAAAUUCUAAGUGUAGCAUAGGUGGCACUAUAUUCUCACCGAAAUCUGGAUCAUUUGUUUUGGUUGUUGUGGCCCUGUCAGAAGAAAUGACAUUGAAUGCACUUUUGACAUUUAGAUUGUGUGGGAUGUGUACUUCUAGAGAAAACCAUCUUCAUUCCAUUCGCUCCAAUGUCAUCUUUCAUGAGUUCCUUUUCUUUUGUAAAUUACUCACAGCUCUUACGUCAGGCUAGACCCCACUCUAUAUAAUUUGGGAGAGUAACUGAAGGUUUUAAAAAUAUUUCACACUGUAAGCAUUUCAUUAAGAUCCGUUCAGGUUUUGGUAGGUAGGUGCGGUUUGUGACAGGUUAGGCGUCUGUUGUCCGUUUGUAAGGCACUUUUCUCGGAAGCCCCCCUCCCCCAAUACACACAGACACACACAGACACACACAGACACACACACACACACACACACACACACACACACACACACACACACACACACACACACACACACACACACACACACACACACACACACAGAUGGCAAUUUGAGACACUUAUAGAACUCUGAUAGAUCUCUCUGCAGCUGUCGAGGGGUGUGUGAGUGUAGCCAAAGGGAAGUCUGUACGCCCCUGACUGGGUCCAAGGCUUUCAACACCUCUCCUUUCUUCUGUCUCUCAGUUUGGAUGAGGGGUGCGUUGCCCAACGUAGGACUUCAAUGUUACACCUAUGAGCCAUUCUCUGGAGAACCAAGAGAGAACCAGCGUAAUGUUAGCCAGCCUGGUUCGAGGUGCUGCUGGACCCUCUCUGGAGGUGUCCCUGUCAGGGCAGACAGACACAAGAAGACCCUCUGGUGCAACAUAUCACCCCCAGCCAGCCAACCAACCAGCCAACCCCCUCCCCCCAAUAGCAGUACGGAGCAAGCAGUAACACAUAUCGUCUAUCCUCGCACCAGGGGAGGGAAUGGAGGUGGUGCGGGGGGCCAGAGCCGGAUACUCUCGUCCAGGGCAGCUACAAUCCCUCCGGCCCCCUCUAAACUAACCUCCACCCAACCAACCCCCUCUUGGCGGUGGAGAGCAAAGCCAGCAAAUGCACUCAGCGCACUCCGUCUGCACUGGGAGCCCACAUAGAGACAGGCAACAAAGAGGAGUCAAAGGAUAGGAAGUGGCGGUACACAGUCCAAGUUUCUUUGUUUCUUAGGCUGAGCACUGAACUAGUUUACAUGGGUGCAAUAGGACGAUGGUGGUGUCAGUCGUCCUGUAGCUCACUCCUGGUUGGUCACGCUGCAGACAGACAGACAGACGAUGUGACAGGCUGUGGGGUUUCGGGGCUUUUAGCCGCUAAGCUGACCAGGCUGGGCACCAGCCCAUCAGACCUACAUGUGCUGCUUUAAGCUCCCUAAGCACAGAGGAUCAUGGGUAAUGGAUCUGUGGUUGUUGAUGCACUGCACACCCUAUCCUCCCUCAUCCACUCCCCUCCUCCUCACUGUCCUCCCUCUCUCCAUUUCUCCUGGUGCUCCUUCAUCAGUCUGUGGAAAAAGCAGUGUCUCCACAUGAGCCAGAUGGACAUGUCUGAGAGAGGAGCCCAGAGCUUUGUUGUUGUGGUUGAAAACCAGCUUUUUAAAAACCUUGCAGCUCCUCUAUUGCUUCGAUUAUGGCAGCUAUCGAUGUUGUUAUGAGAUUGGUCUGUGUUUCAGACGUAGCAAGUUGUCCCUCUUUUUGCUAUAUGUAUUUUAAAGUCACAGAGGUGUAGCAUCUCAUCCCCCCCUCCCUUUCUCCCUAGUCUGAUCAUCUAUCCCAAUUUGAACAGACUUCAUUUUUAGACCUACCAAAAAGGAAAUAAUGCCGAAAUGGUUUGAUCUCUUUCUCAACAGUAACACCACCACCAAAACAAUUUGAUUUAGUCCACAAUAUCGGAUCUGUAAAUGCAUCCAUUCAGCCUUUGCGCACAUAGGUUUCAGAAACGUUGUGAAACGUGUUUUUGAAUAGUCGGAGGUAAUAGCACAUAAAAUGCACUAAAUAUGUCAAGUUGAAGUUGUGACGUUUUUGAGACGCGAGGAGUCUCUUCUGGAAUGUAUUACCAAACUCAGGCCUGGGACAUUCAAUAAAAACCCUUCUGGAAAAGCUGUGCAUGUUAAGACGUGAAACGGGAAGGGAAUAGUCAUCAAUGAUUCAUCAAUGAUUUUAGAAUUAUUGCCACUUUCACAUUUAGGGUGUUUUACAUAUUCUAUAAUCUCUUGCUAUUGUACACCAUAUGGUAGAAUACAUGCAUAACAUUACACAAUGGGAAGUGCCAAUCAUUUGUUUUGAGGUGUUUAGAUGUAUUUCUUUUGCAUUUCCUAGUUUUAACACGGAUAACUAUUUUCGUAAGUGAAGCCAUUUGUGAUGGGAGUGUUGGCAAGGACCAAUCUGUUUUGGUAAAAGAAAUAUCAGUUUCCAUGCCCUGUACUGAUAGACUUAUCCUUUGUUUUUUUUAAACUUACAAAACAAGAAAAACGUUGAAAAAAUCUGAGCGUACCCAAGAAGAAAAGCUGUCUAUUCUACCUUGUGAUUUCAUGUCAGUACAUCUUUAUUGUGUUCAUUUUCUUUUUCUUGGGUAUGUCGUGAUGAACUGCUGUAAAUUUGUACAGUUCAUGUAAAUUGAUUGUGCAAAAGUUGUACAGAUUUCUAUAUUUUGGAAGAAAAGUUGUUUUUUUCUUCUCUGUAAUAAAAUAUUUCCUAUCUUGGCAACAUA